CACGCACGCAUAUAGUAACUACCAACAACACUUUGAUCCCCAAUUUCAACACUCUCUCUCACUACGAUGGCGUUGGGUGUCGCUGCUCUUCCGUUCACAUUCGUCGUCCACGUUCUCGGUCUCGCCGCCGUCGUCUUAGUCUUGGUCUGGAACCUCUACUUCAGAGGUGGCUUAGCUUGGGAUUCUGAAAACAAAGCCCUCAUUUUCAAUCUUCAUCCUGUUCUUAUGCUUAUUGGCUUAAUAGUUAUUGGAGGUGAAGCCAUUGUAAGUUACAAAUCUCUUCCCUUGAAGAAGGAAGUGAAGAAGCUGAUACACCUUACCCUCCAUGCCAUUGCAUUAGUACUUGGAAUAGUUGGAAUUUGUGCUGCGUUCAAGAAUCAUAAUGAAAGUGGGAUUGCCAAUCUGUACAGCUUGCAUUCAUGGCUUGGAAUUGGGGUUAUUUCCCUAUAUGGUGUUCAGUUCAUAUUUGGGUUUGUGACCUUUUUCUACCCUGGUGGGAGUCCAGCCAUUAGACGUGACACACUCCCUUGGCAUGUCCUGUUAGGGCUGUUUAUAUAUAUCUUGGCUAUUGGCACUGCUUCACUUGGGUUUCUAGAGAAGCUCACAUUCCUGGAGAGCUCAGGAUUGGCAAAAUAUGGUUCUGAGGCCUUGCUUGUCAACUUCACUGCUAUUAUCACGAUCUUAUUUGGUACCUUUGUUGUGUUAUCUGCUAUAUCUGAAGCUCGCGCAGCCACAGAAGAUGAGUACACAGCCAUAUAGAUUUCACUUUGCAUCUGAUUAAUCUGAGGUCUGCUGCAAGUUUGUAUUCAGUAAAGGGAAUAAUAAUAUCUGUUGUUUAUAUGCUUGGACUCAGCUUGUAAGUUGUAAGUAAUCAUCAACUGUAUCCUGGAAACAUGUAAUAUUACAUUGGUACGUAUCACACGAGUUGCUAUUGACUGUGAAGAGCAUUUUCUUGAAA